CACAGCAACACCGGGCGUCUGCGUCAGGAGGGCACACUCCACUCUGCGCAAUUACGCGGAUUCCUAACUGGCACAGUUAUCAGAGAAAGACCAAAAGGCAAUUUUCCCAGCUACGGAAAAGGUUGAAAUGGACUUUCCAUCCUGAUAGAUUCAAGGACUUCCUUAGAGCACGUCAAUGCAGUUUACGGUACAACAGCUGUGCAUGUUAUGAUAUGAUUUUUACUCAUGUGCUCUGAGCACAGCUUUAAAUAGUUGUCUUAUAAAUAGACUUUUUUUUCUUUUUAAAUAGCUUUCUUUUUUCUCUAAAAUUGGCUCCCGUACAAACAGCCGCGUUGGAUCCCUCGGCUUAUUGCGAGACUCCGGUGUAUAACCCGGAUCUCUGCCCUAAUAUGAUAGCCGCCCAGGCAAAAUUGGUGUAUCACCUAAACAAAUACUACAACGAGAAAUGUCAGUCUCGAAAAGCAGCCAUCUCCAAGACCAUCCGGGAGGUGUGCAAGGUGGUAUCGGAUGUCCUGAAGGAGGUCGAGGUGCAGGAGCCCCGCUUCAUCAGUUCUCUCAGCGAGAUGGAUAAUCGUUUUGAGGGACUGGAGGUCAUUUCACCCACCGAGUUCGAGGUUGUACUCUAUCUGAAUCAGAUGGGAGUGUUCAACUUUGUGGAUGACGGGUCUCUUCCGGGCUGCGCCGUGCUCAAGCUCAGCGACGGCCGCAAGAGAAGCAUGUCUCUCUGGGUUGAAUUCAUCACAGCCUCCGGUUACCUCUCGGCGCGCAAAAUCCGGUCGAGAUUUCAGACACUGGUGGCGCAGGCAGUGGAUAAAUGCAGCUACCGAGAUGUUGUCAAAAUGGUCGCUGACACAAGUGAGGUGAAGUUGCGCAUUAGAGACAGAUAUGUGGUGCAAAUCACGCCGGCUUUCAAGUGCACUGGGAUCUGGCCACGAAGCGCUGCGCACUGGCCUCUCCCUCACAUCCCCUGGCCGGGACCUAACCGAGUGGCAGAAGUCAAAGCGGAAGGUUUCAAUCUUUUAUCCAAAGAGUGCUACUCCCUGAACGGCAAGCAGAGCUCAGCAGAGAGCGAUGCCUGGGUCUUGCAGUUCGCCGAGGCCGAGAACCGGCUGCUCCUGGGUGGAUGCAGGAAGAAAUGCUUGUCAGUCCUCAAAGCCUUACGCGACCGUCACCUAGAACUGCCCGGACAACCCCUGAACAACUACCACAUGAAAACUUUGGUUUCCUACGAGUGUGAGAAGCAUCCCAGGGAGUCGGACUGGGAUGAGAACUGCCUUGGCGACCGCCUAAACGGGAUACUAUUGCAGCUUAUUUCAUGUUUGCAGUGCAGAAGGUGCCCGCAUUAUUUCCUGCCCAAUUUAGACCUGUUUCAAGGGAAACCUCACUCUGCUCUUGAGAAUGCAGCCAAACAGACUUGGCGACUGGCAAGAGAAAUACUGACCAACCCCAAAAGCUUGGAGAAACUCUGAGGUAAAAAAAAAAAAAAAAAAAAAAAA